UCUAUUUUUCUUCUUCGAAAUGACUGACUAUUUUUCCACAUAUGAUAUUUCAAUUAUGUCUAAUUAUUCUUCUUUAGGUCCAGUGAAAAAGGUAAAAAUUUUAACCAAUGUUCUUAAAGGAAAGUGAUUUGGUUUAUUUAGUCGUCGAUGUGCACGCCAAAUUGGACCAAGUUUGUGCAUAUUCCACACAACAGAAAACCCACCCCACUAAAUUAAUUUUUUAAAGUCAUUAUUGACUAAUUUGUCACUAAGUAUAAUGCAUUUUUUUGAUGUGCAACUUCCUCUUGACCGCCUCUGCCGAAAGGUAGAUGCCAAAAGCCACCCCGGCCCCAAGGCCAUCUUUUGCUCGGAAAACAUACAUGCAUGAUUGUUACAAGAACCAAUUUAACAUAAUUAUUAUUUGAUCCUACCAAAAUUUUAAAAAAAAAUCAUAUCAUUACAUGUAAAUUGUCUGAUGUGUUUUUCUCUGUAGGUUGUGGUAUAAUUACCAGUUAAAUCGGUUAGCAAACAGAAUAUUUUUAAUGGAGUAAACAAGUAGAAAGUGGCAAAUAGUAGUAAUCCCACAGCAACUACUCCCAACACCCUUGGUUAAGUUAGAAUUAGCAAACAAAAAAAAACUUCCAGGAGAUAUUCUCUGCCUUCUGUUCCCUUCUGCAUAUCUUUCUUUCAUUUUUUCACCCUUUGGCUUGAUAUUCCAAAAAGCAUCUUUGAUUUCGUUCAUUUUUCUCCUUUCCAGAAAUUGUUCAACUCCCCCUUUAAAACCAAAGCCUAACUAUGGGUAACAUCUUCUCGAUCUCAGCUUCAUGCGACACUGUCAUUACCCGCUGCUGUGAUUGUGUUGCCGGACAAGCACAGUUUGUAUGCAAGCUUGAAGAAAACGUAGAAGCUUUAAAAAUUGCAUUAGCAGAAUUGACGGAUCUAAGGAAUGAUGUGAUCAGAAGAGUGAAAAUAGCUGAAGAUCAACAACAGCUGAAGCGGCUAGACCAAGUUCAAGGCUGGCUUUCGAGGGCAGAAACUUUGAUUAAUGGAGCUCAUUUGUUGAUUGAGCAAAGUCCUCAGGAAAUUAAGAAAUUAUGUGUAGGAGGUUGUUUUUCUAUGAGUCCCAAGUCCAACCUGAAGUUUGGGAAGCAAAUUACCAAAAUGCUUCGAGAUGUUGUAGAUCAUAAGAGCAAAGGAGUUUUUGACAAGGUGGCUGAGGAGGAACCAACGCCUCUAGUAACUGAACGACCUACUGAGCAUACUGUUGGUUUGGAAUCCACAUUCGAUAAGGCUUGGAGUAUCCUUGAAGCUGAACAAGUGGGAAUUGUUGGCCUGUAUGGCAUGGGAGGGGUUGGCAAGACAACCCUCCUGAACAAAAUCAACAACAAGUUCUGUGAACCCCCAAAUCGAUUUCAUGUAGUUAUUUGGAUUGUAGUAUCUAAAGGGUUUUAUAUCGGAAAGAUCCAAGAUGACAUUGCUAAAAGGGUGGGAAUAGCUGAUGGAACAUGGCAGGACAAAACUCCAGAGGAAAAAGCUCUAAACAUCUUUAGGGUUUUAAAGGAAAAGAAAUUUGUCUUAUUGUUAGAUGAUAUAUGGGAGCGAGUCGAUCUAUCUAAGGUUGGGAUACCUCUCCCAACUCAAAAAAAUGGUUCCAAACUAGUUUUUACAACUCGUUCUAUCAAGGUUUGUGGCCAAAUGGAAGCUCAAAAGAAGAUUGAAGUGCGGUGUUUGCCUGAAGAAAAAGCUUGGGAAUUAUUUCAAGAAAAAGUUGGUGAAGAAACACUUGAUAGUAAUCCAUGUAUUCGUGAGUUGGCUCAUGAAUUGGCCAAAGAAUGUGGAGGCCUACCUCUCGCACUUGUCACCAUUGCUCGUGCCAUGGCUUGUAAGAACAAAGUUGAAGAAUGGAAAGAUGCAAUUGAAGUGUGUCGGAGAUCAUCUGCCUCUGUUUUUCCAGAAAUGGGUGAAGAGGUAUAUCCACUUCUAAAAUUCAGUUUUGAUUCUCUUCCCAAUGACAUGUUUCGAACUUGCCUCUUGUACUGUAGUUUGUUCUCAGAGGACUACCCAAUUGAUAAAGAAAAGCUUAUAGAUUUCUGGAUAGGAGAGGGGUUUUUGGAUGGACAUGGGAAUACAAGUCUAGCUCGAAACCAAGGCCACCAAAUGAUUGGUUCUCUUCUUCAUGCAUGUUUAUUGGAAGAAAUAAAUGAAUUUCGCAUAAAGAUGCAUGAUGUGAUUCGUGACAUGAGUUUGUGGAUAGCAUGUGAAUGUGAAGAAGAAAAGUGGAGGUUUUUUGUGCAGGCAGGUUAUCAAUUAACUAAGUUACCAGAAGUUCAGAAUUGGGGAAGUAUACGCAGGAUGUCAUUGAUGAAGAACAGGAUUGAAAAUCUAGUAGAAGCACCUAACUGUCGUGAUCUCCAAACUCUGUUUCUUAACGGUAAUCAGUUGAAGGUGAUCAAUAAUGACUUCUUCCAAUUUAUGUGUGGCUUAAAAGUUCUAAACUUGUCAGGCAAUAGAGGUAUAGAAGAAUUGCCAGUGGGAAUUUCGAAAUUGGUGUCUCUGGAAUGUCUCGAUCUCUCCUAUACAGGGAUAAGACAGCUACCAAUUGAAUUGAAGGCUUUAGAAAAGCUUAAAUGCCUGAACUUGGAAUACUCUGAGUCUACCAUAAGAAUUCCAAGACAGUUGAUAUCUACUUUUUCAAAGUUGCAAGUAUUGAGAAUGUUUCGCUGUUAUUCUUUGGGCCAGGAAGUGGAAGAUAAUAGUGAAUGUUUGGUGGAAGAAUUGAAGUGCUUGAACCAUUUGAAUGUGUUGACUGUCAAUACAACAAGUGCUUUGGGUCUCGAUAGCCUUUUGCGUACUGAAAGGUUAUGCAGCUGCACUUUAGCUAUUCAGCUUCUACUGGUAAAGGACUCGAAGCGAUUGAAUAUUUUAUCUUUAGCGAAUAUGAAGAGUCUAGAAUUUCUAGACCUUGGGAAGUCUGAAAGUUUGGAAGAAGUGGAGAUGGAGUGGGGAGGGUUGGGCAGAAUGAUAAAAGCACAGAGCCACAUUGAAACCUCUGUGAUUGCAAGCAAACAUUGCUUCCAAAGCCUUCGCGAAGUAUUUAUAUACGAAUGUUCAAAAUUGAAGGACAUAACAUGGCUAAUUCUCGCUCCAAACCUGAGGCAGUUUAAUGUAGUGGACUGCAACAAUAUGGAAGAAAUAAUCAAUAAGAGAAAACUGAGUCAAGUGGCUGAGCUAGUAGAAACUUUAACCCUAUUUGGAAAACUCGAGUCUCUUUUCUUACAGUAUUUGCCAGAGUUGAAGAGCAUUUACUGGGAUACACUUCCCUUCUCAUGUUUGAAAGAAAUUUAUGUUCAUCGGUGCCCAAAGCUGAAAAGACUUCCACUCGACUCCAACAGUGCAAAGGAAAACAAAAUCAGCAUUAGAGGAGAGAAAAAAUGGUGGAAAGAGCUUCAAUGGGAGGAUGAAUGUGCUCUAAACGAUUUUCUUCUAUUUACUGAAGUUGCAGAGUAAACAUAUUACUUUUACCUUUAGUCUCUGUUAUAAUUGUUGUGUUUGAAGCUGUUGCGGUGUGUUCUAAAGUCGUGGAUGAUCUUCUCAUUUGUAUGAUGUUCAUUAAAUUGACUAAGUUAAUGGUGAAUCUUUUGCUUAUAUGGAUUUAAAUAUAGGCUGCAUUUUAAUGCUGAGUAAAUAAUUUUAGCUUCAACCUAAAUAUCUCAAUUUGUGUGAUUUUAUUUA